AUGGGCUUCAUCCGAGCCACCUUCAGCACGGCCGCCGCCAUGCUGGGCGCCGCCCGCGCCUGCGGCUGCACGCCCACCGUCCACCUCGACCAGGGCACCGUCAAGGGCUUCACCCAGAACGACACGAACGUCUACCUGGGCAUCCCCUUCGCCGAGUCCACCGCCGGCCAGAACCGCUGGAAGGCGCCCGUCGCCCUGACCUCGUUCCCCGGCGGGAGCGUCGAUGCGACCGCGUACGGCCCGUCCUGCGCGCAGGCCAUGUCCGGCAACGCCAUCACCGCGCAGAGCGAGGACUGCCUGAACCUGAACAUCUGGACGCCGCAGCAGGGCGCCAAGGGCCUGCCGGUCUUUGUGUACAUCUACGGCGGUGCGAUGGUCACGGGCGGCAGCAGCAAUUCCCAGUGGCAGGGGUUCAACUUUGCGCGCAAGGACGUGGUCUAUGUCAACUUCAACUACCGCGAGAGUCUGUAUGCGUCGCCGAAUGCGCCGGAGCUUGAAGGGCAGAGCCAGAACUUUGGUAUUAUGGACGUUGAGAUGGCGGUGCAGUGGGUGUAUGAUAACAUCGAGGCCUUCGGCGGAGACAAGUCGCGCAUCGUCCUGGGCGGCCACUCGUCCGGCGGCGUGCACGUCGACCACUACCUCUGGAACCACCCCUCGACCUUCCUCGCCGGCGCCAUCGAGAUGUCCGCCAACGCCCAGUCCGGACCCGCCAUCACCCCCUCAGGCGUCGGCCUCAAGCAGGUCGUGCAGGACAUGCUCGACGCCGGCGUCUCCCUCGCCUGCACCGCCGACGACUACACCCUCGACUGCCUGCGCGCCGCCGACACCUACGCCUUCCAAACAUCCUACUUCAACUCCACCUCCAACACCUGGUUCUCGCCUGUCAUCGACGGCUUCACCCGCUUCGCCAGCUACGCCGACCGCUUCGCCGCCGGCAACUACCCCACCUCCCUCCCCCUGAUCGUCGGCAACUCCGACAAGGAAGGCGCGCUGUUCGGCUACGUCUACGGGUCCGAGGACACCGACUUCGCCAAAUGGAUCGCCACCUUCGACGCGGACAUCGCCUUCGUCCCAUCCGACGAGCUGCUCUCCGCUUACAAUGAAGCCGACUACUCCUCCGUCUCCCAAAUGAGCGGCGCCUCCUACGGCGACGCCCGCUUCUUCUGCGCAACCGACUACCUCCUCGACAUCCGCGCCGCGUCCCAACCAACCUGGAUCUACCGCUGGUUCGGACAGUACGACAACGUCCUGCCGAUCCCGAACCUGGGCCCCAGCCACGGCUCCGAGGUGCCCUUCUUCCACGGCGGCGAGGAGUGCUUCUCCGGGAUUUCCGGCGUCACUGCCGACGAGCAGCUGCUCGCCGAUUACAUGAAUGAUUGGUUUGUGGCGUGGAUCAAGGAUCCUUCCGCUGGGCCGGGAUGGGAGCAGGCGGUCCCUACUGAUGGGCCUCUUGCGCGUCUGGGUGUUCCCGGGGAUGAGGAGGCCGUUGUUAUGAGUACCACGGGUCAGUAUAAUGCGCGGUGCCAGAAGACGUUUAAGCCGAAUUACCCUGCCUACCCGAAGGUGCUGAACCCGGUGGAGUUGGCGGCUAGCUCUUAG